AUGGGUGCGCUGGCGCCUCCUGCCGUGCCCGCCGCUCUCUCCUUUCGCGCUGUCGAUCGCGAGCAGAGCCGGCUCAAUGCGGCUGGGAGGUCGCGAAUUCCGAGCAACACGGUUUCUUUUCGGCAUUGGAAUCUCAAAUCAGGCAUCGCGUUUGCUCGAUGUGGAGGGGGCUGCUUGUUCUUGGCGCGCGGGAGGCGAUCUCGAUCGAUAUUUUGCUCCCUCAGCGCCGAUGAGGUCCUUUUCGCUGAUAAAGCUGAUGGAAAUCCUCCAGCUGACAGGAGUUUGCUUGAGGAUAUUGUGGCCAAGGACGGCCUCGCGAAAGAAGUCGCGGUUUUGGCGUUUCCAGCGCUGCUCGGUCAGGCGAUUGAGCCGCUGGCGCUUCUUACGGAGACAGCAUUUGUAGGAAGGCUAGGAGCGGUGGAGCUAGCUGCUGUUGGAGUUUCGAUCUCGGCUUUCAACUACGUCUCUAAGUGCUUCAACAUUCCUCUUUUAAGCGUGACAACUUCGUUCGUAGCUGAGGACGAUGCUGCUGUUCUCACCGAUGAUCAGCAGUCCGACGCAAAAAGAUACGGCAAACAAGUCCUGCCUGCUGUUUCUUCCGCUCUCGUCCUCGGCUGUGCAAUCGGGUUAAUCGAAGCGUUGUUACUGGGAUUUCAAGGUGGGAGAUUGCUUAAACUGAUGGGCGUCGCCAAGGAUUCAGUAAUGGCACCACCCGCAAGACAGUAUCUCGUUUUUCGGGCUCUUGCGGCACCAGCAGCCGUGCUUUCACUGACAUUGCAAGGUAUUUUUCGCGGAUUGAAGGACACCAAGACGCCUCUCUAUGCAACCGCGAUUGCAAGUUUGUCAAACAUUGUCCUGGGGGCAACUCUUAUAUUUGGUCUAAAAUUCGGCGUAGUGGGUGCGGCAUUUGCAUAUGGAGCAUCACAAUAUGCGAUGAUGUUUUAUUUGCUGUGGUGCCUUAACAAAUCUACGUCGAUGGCUACCCGUCAAGGCACCAUACCAAUGGCAGCUCAUCAAGUUUGUAUGCAACUUUGGCUUGCUGCGUCGCUACUUUCAGAUUCGUUGGCAAUAGCUGUCCAGGCUCUUCUAGCUGGUGCAUUUGCAAAGAGAGAUUAUAGACGGGCUAAACUGGUAUCCUAUCGUGUCUUGCAAAUGGGCUUUUCUUUGGGAAUUCUAAUGACCACAAUCCUCGGUACAUCGUCCAGUAUUUUAUCUAAGCUGUUCACCAGCGAUAUAGGGGUGCUCAAAGUGAUGUCUACGAUUAUGCCAUUCGUUGCUUUGACGCAACCGAUCAAUUCGCUUGCUUUUGUUUUUGAUGGGAUUCACUAUGGUGCUUCCGAUUUCAGAUACUCGACAUAUGCAAUGAUGUCAAACGCACUAGUUUCUUCAGCUGUUUUACUGUUGGCUCCUAGGAGGUUCGGACUUCCAGGAGUCUGGAUGGGCCUGACGCUUGUCAUGGCUUUGCGAGCUGCUGCUGGAUUUUUGAGGCUAACGUUCGCAACGGGACCAUGGUCAUUUCUGAGAGACAAAUGGGAGGAACGAGCCUGAGACAAGUUCCUCUCGUGAGAAUGUGAAGAGGCUCUUUUUCAUUUUAUUACUUAACGCGCAUUUUUUUACGUAA